GAUGGCGCCGCGGCAGUAGCCACAAAGAUGCAAAAUGGUGCUGUUCGUGUCUUUAACCCGAUUUUUAUAAAAAUUAGAGUAGAUUCAACUUGAUUGUCAUUGUGCAAAGUACAUGUACAAAACCAAAUGAAAUGCAGAAUUUCCGAUGAACGUUCACGGUACAGCAGAGAAAGCGGCGUUCAUGUAUACGACCGCCAGACACUAUUACAGUACAUUAAUCAUGCAACAGCCAACAUGCAUGGGGAUGUACUGGUGAAUCUUCGCUAUUUCGGCUUGAAGGAAAGAUCCAGUUCAGGGCCUCCAGUCCUCUGCGUCUCAGGAUGCUGGGAGAUGCGACGCGGUGGACGAGGCAGCGGCAGCGCGGAAAGAGGGCGUGUGUCCGUGCUAGGCUAAAAACAAACCCUCGCUGGCCGGCUCUCCCGUCCAUUCUACUCUCUAACAUUAGAUCCCUGGACAAUAAACUGGACUACAUCCAGUGGACCACAGGGCGAGAGUUUAGCGACUGUUGCAUUUUUUAUUCGACAGAAAUGCAGCUCGUGCGAAUUGCUAAGAUGUCCUCCAGUAAUACUUCAAACUAUGACUAUGAUUCAGACCCUGUGUUGGAUGAGAUAAAAAAACAGAAUGACUACGUAAACACACUCCGAAUGCUAUACAUCUUUGGAUACCUUAUCAUCUGCACCCUCGGCCUGCUUCUCAACCUUAUAGCCAUUAUUGCAGGCAGCUGUUACUGCAAGUCGGACACUGCUAAGUGGGUCGUGGCGUUAGCUGUGACCCAUUUGAUCUGCUCAGCUUUCCUGCCAUUGCAGAUUCUCUACAGCUGGUAUCACUUCAACUGGCACUAUGGAACGGCUCUGUGCAAACUCUCCUCCUAUGUACUUUAUGCCAGCAUGUUCUCCACAGCGGGUAUGCUGACCCUACAUAGUGUUUCUGACGGGAUCCAAUGUACUCCAUUCCGGCAUUCAUCAGGAGUCCUGAUCAUGAUUCUGUGCUCCUGGAUAUUUGCAUUGAUCCUAAGCAUCCCGUCUUUGUUCUUCCGAGAGCUUCAAUACACAACGCUGGGGGAGGAGUGUGACGAUGGCUAUGUUUCUGGUGAUAAGACAACACCAAUCAUCAUAGUUUGCUAUAGGUUCUUACUUGGGUUUUUGAUCCCUUCAUUUCUAAUUAGCAUCUGUUGUUGCUGUCAGUCUAAACGCAAUGAACGAAACAUGAAGCAAAUCAUGUGUUUGAUAAAAUUGGCUUACUUUGUGUGCUGGACUCCACUGCUAUUCAUAGGGCUCCUGCAGGCCAAAUCAGAAAUUGUUCUCGAUUUCCCAUAUAGAAAUCCUAUAGCUACUGUGCUGGCUGUGGCUCACUGCUGUGUAAACCCAGUGGUCUAUCUUUUGGUGAGUAACGACUUUAAAAUGCAGUGGAUGAAGCAAGCACAAUCUGACAAAGAGGACUACUGACUCUAUACGCUGCAUAUCUGCAUAUCAGAGGUGAACAGUAACGAAGUACAUUUACUUGAGUACUGUACUUAAGUACACUUUUUGAGUAUCUGUACUUUACUUGAGUAUUAUUUUUUCUGGAUACUUGUUACUUUAACUUCACUACAUUUGGAAGACAAAUAUUGUAUUUUUUACUCCACUACAUUUCUGUCAAGGUCACUGAGUAGAAAGUAGUUACGUUAAACAGAGGAUGGUUUUUUUUUUCACUCUUGUAGCGUCACGUGAAGUUCAGUGGUUUUCCGUCAUUUUUUUAAACUCUGAUCAGCUGGUGGCAAAAUGGACGAAGACAGAUCAUCGACGCAGUGCGCGCAUUUAUGGCCAUACCUAGACAGUAUGUUCUAGUUUUUAGAAAAGAGUAAAGAUGCUUUUCAUCUUUCACUCCAACCCGUGGAAGCAUAUUGAGGUAUGUAUUCUUUUAAUUUCUGGUAAAAGCUUGAAAUGGAUAUUGCCUGUGCCAUGAAGUAUGUAUGGUAAGGCAAAUGUUUUUAUAUAUCUGAUCUCCUACUUGCCAUAGCUUUGCAUAUACACCACCAACGCUUUGGUAAUAAUGUUAGUUUACACACAAAAAUGUAUGCUGCGUCCAAAUUCUCAUACUAUCUGUCCUAAAUAGUAUUCGAAAAUAGAAUUAGUAUGCCCCAAAUCGUAGUAUGCUGAAAGGAGUAUUCCAAAAAUUCCCAGAUGGUCUACUGCUUCCUGUAGAAAUUUGAAGUGCAGAAUGAUGCACACUCUUACGGGUAAUAUUGCCCACAACGCAUUGCACGCAGGGGGGAGGAGCCUUGAGAACGGUGUAAAUGCAUAUUAAAUUGGUGUAAAUGAAAUGUGGAAAUAUAUAUAACAUAUAAAAUACGAAUAGUAAAUUAUAUUGGAUAAAUAAGAAUAAAUAAAAUGUAAAAUGCUUUGUUUAUGAUGAGUGUGCGUAGGCAACAAUGUUUGCUUCUGUUAUAUGAUGUCCUCGACAUACAUAUUACAAGGAGAUUCCAAAAUUCAUAUGGGAUGGCUUCUCCCCACUAUUACCACCCUCAUCACCUCUUGUGAAGACAAGAGAAUCAUUGAAAUUCUGCAAGCCGUUAGUUGAUGCCCUUCUAGAUGUUUUGAAAAAAACGGUUUGGAAACAUGAUGGCUGGUCCAGAGUUAGUUACUGCAGCCAUUAUUCAUCCAAAGUUUAAAACAUCCUGGACCACUGAUGAAGCCAUCUUUAAACUUUGUAAGAAAUGCUCUAAAUGGUCAAUUAUAUCUCCCACUCUCUUUUUAUCUUUUUUUUUUAAUCUAUACUUGCAUACAAUUUGGUCAUGAUGAAAAGAUGAAUAAAUUGGUGACAAACAUAUAAUUUAGGUCUCAUUUACAUCAAGGAACAUCUUCCUGAUCAUGACGACAGUCUUCAGCCUCCUCAUACACUUCUGAUGAAGAGGAUUUCUUCUCUAAUAUCAAGCAUGUGCGCACACAGGAGACAUUCAAACAACUGGAUGCGUACCUAACAUGUACAGCUGAAGGUAUGACUAUGCUGACAUCUUAUCCAGCCUUAUCCAACCUGUCACUUAAGCUGAACACAGCCCUUCCUGCCUCAGAGGCCUGUGAGAGGCUUUUUAGUGCAGCUGGAUAGAUCUUCAGCCCAAGAAGGGGAGCAAUUAAUUCGCAUAACUUUGAGAACCAGCUCCUGCUAAAGAUGAACAAGGACUUUUUUAAGUUUGACUUAUUUGAACAUAGUACGAUUUUUCUCUACUAGUGAUCUGUGAGACAUAGUAUAAUUGCCACAACUAAUGGUUUAAAAUCUUUGUUUUGAUGGCUAAUAAGUCUUUCUGUUUUGCUCUUUGUUAAAGCAGUGUUGCUGUUGGGCAGUUAUACAGCUACAAUUGUGUAGCUGGGUUUUAAAGCAGGUUGGAUUUUUUUCUGAUCAUUCUGCAUUUACAGACCACUUGAUUCAAUAAGUGUUAAGUAAAAAAUGAAAAUGAUUAUAUCUGUCUUUUUUGUCAAUUCAGUUGUUUAAUUUCUAUAGGUUUUGUAACAUUCUAUAAUCUCAAUUCCACAGAUACUACAAAAGGUAUUGUAAGUAUUGCAU